AUGGGGAUUUCGGGCCCCAACCUUGCAAGGAUCUGUUACAGAGACUCAAGUAUACUAGCGGGUGUAAGUUUGGAAAACCAAAUUGUUCCUUCCAUGGAAUUCCUUAAGAGUUUUCUUCAUGAUGAAAAGAAUGUUGCUGUGGCCUUGAGUAGGUUAAGAUGGCUUAAGGGGAUUCAAAGAGUAAUGGAACCAAAUAUUGAGAUCUUGCGAAAUCAGGGGGUUCAAGAGUCUGGAAUUUCGAAACUAUUUAUACGACGCCCUCAAUUACUUACUUGGAAACAACCUCAGUUUAAUGAGAUUGUCCUGCAAACCAAGGAAAUGGGGUUAGACCCCUCGAGUUUGAUGUUUAUCCAUGCCCUCUGCUCGCUGUCACAGAUGAAUAAGGCUACAUUGGAAGUGAAACUGGAGGUAUUUAGGAGUUUUGGAUGGUCAGAGGAUGAGAUUCUCUGCUUGUUCAGAAAACAACCCUAUUGUUUGACUCGCUCAGAGGAAAUUCUUAAGAUGAGAUUAGAUUUCUUCAUGAACAAAAUGAGUUUGACUGCAGCAGAAGUUGCCAAGAACCCAGUCGUUUUGCUUCUUAGCAUGGAGAAGAGAACUAUUCCUAGGUAUUCUGUUAUUGAAGUUCUUCUGUCUCAGGGUUUGAUGAAGAAACAAAGUAUUUGUUCUGCGUUGAUAUUGAAUGAAGAUAAGUUCUUCGAGAACUUUGUCAGGAAGUAUCACCAUGAGCUACCUCAGCUGUUAAAGGAGUACAAACGUAAUGUGGAAUGA